UGCUUCGAAUUUUCUUAAUAGAACAGAAUACACGCAUACGGCUGAAGAUCUUAGGUCCUCUCUGCUCGUGUUCGAUAAACGCUCUGAAAUAUAGUAUAUUAAUAACGCGCGGGAAAAAGAUUCGAGAAUGUAUGAAGCAUGUUAGGGAAGAUUGGAAAAAAAUAGUGUUGAAAAAGGAUUACGAAUCAAUGAUGUCACAUGCCAAGAUCGGAAGGACUUUGGCGUUGAUGUCAGUCUCUUUUCUGUAUGGCGCGGGAAUGUCUUAUCGUACUAUCUUACCUCUUACAAAAGGCAAAAUCAUCAUCGCGACCUUCCUGAUCAUGCACGCGUGUGGCCAACUCGAAAUUCUUAUGAGAAUGAUGAGAGACAUUGUCGAUGGGAAAGACGACGUCGAUGGUACUGAUCCAGAUACGCGAAUUGCCGAGGUAAUUAAACAUCAAAUCCGAUCUAAAACUUUCGUAAAGGAAGUAGAAGGGAUUCUGCAGUACAUGUGCAUGGUAGAGAUCUUGGGUUGUACUAGUCUCGUUUGUCUUGUUUUGUAUUACGUUAUCAUGGAGUGGGAAAAUAGUGAUACGACCGGAUUAAUUACAUAUUUCAUUUUUCUCCUAUCUUUCGCCUUUAACAUGUUUAUUUUUUGUUACAUCGGCGAGCUUCUUUCGGAACAGGGUGCGAAAGUCGGAAUAACUUCUUGUACUCUUGAAUGGAAUCGUCUUCCGACGAAAAGCGCUCAAAGCCUAAUAUUGCUAAUAUUAGCAUCGAAUCAUCCAAUAAAAAUCGUAGCCGGUAAAUUGAUGCACAUGUCACUCAGAAAUUUUAAUGGCUUGAGAGGUAGUGAAGAUAUCAAGUUAAAUAUGAUUACCAAAAGCGAUAACUAUACUUCCGCGAACAAUGACUGCGACAACUACAUGAAGUACGCAAAUCUUACAACCGAACCAAAUCGCUGGAUUUUGGAGCCAUUGGGUAUUUGGCCAUUGAAAAGAGAUUGCGUCGAGGUUUCUUGGAAGGACAAUUUUCUCCGUAGAGGAAAAAACGUGAUCUUUUAUUUUCUGAUGAUUUUUGUCUUUGUAUCUUGCGUUCCUUACGUGAUUUUUGAGGUCGAAAGUAUCUACUAUAAGUUGAAGCUUACCGGUCCAUUGAGUUUCUGUGUGAUGGCCUUUCUUAAGUAUACCUUUUUGACUAUCCGAGAGAAAGACAUUCGAUGUUGCAUCGAGUUCAUCGAGAUGGAUUGGAAGAAGAUAUCGCAUUUCGAGGACGAACGAAUAAUGAUCGAAAAACUUCAUACCGGACGUCGUCUCGUAACUCUUUGCAUCAUUUUGACUUUCGGUGCUGCUGGUUUUUAUCACAUUGUCUUACCUUUGAUGAGCGGAAAGGUUUUUGCACCUGCUAUAAACGUAACAUAUAGGCCAGCCCCUUUUCCCGUAACCAGCUUGCUCAUGGAUAUUCGUUACAGUCCGGCAAACGAAAUUAUUAUCUUUAUUCAAUGUCUUUACGGAUUUACGGCUCAUUCGAUCGCAGCUGGUACUUGCAGUUUGGCAGCCGUUUUCACGAUGCACGCUUGCGGACAGCUGCAGGUCUUGAUGAAUUGGCUGGAACACUUGUUGGAUGGUCGAGAAGGCAUGUGUUCCAACGUGGACGAAAGAAUGGCGAGUAUCAUUCAACAACAUGUUCGAACUUUGAAUUUCAUAUCGCUCACUGAAAAUUUAUUAAAUGAGGUUUCUCUAAUCGAGGUCGUCGGAUGUACUUUAAAUAUGUGCUUACUUGGAUAUUAUUGCAUUAUGGAAAGUAACAUGUCCGAAAGAUUAGGUUGCAUAACGUAUGGCAUAGUUCUUACAUCCGUGACUUUCAAUAUUUUCAUAUUUUGUUACAUAGGGGAGCUACUUAUAGAACAGUGUCAAAUAUUAGGGGAGCGAACGUACGCGAUCGAUUGGUAUCGUUUAACAGGAAAGAAAAGUCAACCUCUUAUUCUCCUAAUCGCCAUGUCGAGAACAACGACGAAAUUAACUGCCGGGAAUUUCAUGGAGCUUUCUUUGAGUAGUUUCAGCGACAUUAUCAAAUCUUCGGUCGCCUAUUUAAAUAUGUUACGAACAUUGACGUAA